ACAUACACGGCCAACCACUCCCAGUAUCCUGAAGGACAACUCCCUUUCUCACUGCAGUGCACACUGCCCUGAUUGUGCAGUGGUCCAGCAGUGUGUCUCCGUGCUAAUGGCCUCACUCAGGCCCAGUGUGCGUCUCCAGGUCGAUGAGAACCUCCAGUCAAUGCUGGUGGGCUCCCUGAUGAGGAAAGUCAAAUCCAGGAACUGGAAACGGCAACGAUAUUUCAGACUUCAGGAUGACUGCAUGAGCAUCUGGUACAAAUCAAAAAAAACUGGGAACCCUAAAUCUACCUUCUCGAUCAGUGACAUUGAGGCUGUGCGAGACGGUCACCAGUCCGAGAUCCUGCAGAGUAUUGCUGAUGAGUUCCCAGCGGACCGUUGUUUCACCGUGGUUUUCCGGGGAAGGCGAGCGAACCUGGAUCUGGUGGCUGACUCUGCCCAGGAGGCGGAUCACUGGAUCCAGGGAAUCCGAAAACUCAUCGAGAAUGUCAAAAACAUGGACCAGAAAGAGAAACUGGACCAGUGGAUCAGUGACUGGUUCCAGAAAGCCGAUAAGGAUAAAGAUGGGCGUAUGAACUUUAAGGAGGUGAGGCUUCUGUUGAAGAUGAUGAACGUUAAUAUGAAUGAGGACCACUCCCUGAGACUCUUCAAGAUGGCCGAUAGGUCACACUCAGGAACGCUGGAAGGCGACGAGUUUGUUUUGUUUUAUAAAGCUCUGACUCAGCGCGACGACAUUCACCGACUCUUCAACGAAUUCUCCAAGGACAGGAAGAAGCUGACCCUCCUGGAGUUUGUCGAUUUUCUGAAGUACGAGCAACUCGAGCAAGUGGAGAAUUUGGAGACAUUUGCCAUGGAUCUCAUUGCCAGAUAUGAACCGUCGGAGACAGCCAGGAACCUCCACGCCAUGACAUUAGACGGAUUCCUCAUGUACCUGAUCUCUCCCGAUGGCUCCAUCUUUAAUCUUGAACAUGAGCCUCUGUAUCAGGAUAUGUCACAACCUCUCUGCCAAUACUUCAUCUCCUCAUCUCACAACACGUACCUGAUGGAGGACCAGCUGUGUGGACACAGCAGCGUGGAGGGCUACAUCAGAGCGUUGAAGAAGGGAUGUCGCUGUGUGGAGCUCGAUUGUUGGGAUGGUCCGAACCUGGAACCUGUGGUGUAUCACGGUCACACACUCACCUCCAAGAUUCUCUUCAGAGACGCCAUCUCAGUGAUCAACAAGUACGCCUUCCGGGUCUCGGAUUUCCCCGUGAUCCUAUCGAUCGAGAAUCACUGCAGCAUUGAGCAGCAGGGUGUCAUGGCUCAUCACCUGCACAACAUCCUGGGAGACAAACUGGUGAAAAGCACCAUCGACGGGAAGGUCCCAACUCGCUUCCCAUCUCCUGAGGCGCUGAGAUGGAAAGUCCUGGUGAAGGGAAAGAGGAUUGGCCAGUUGGAGGAUUGCCUGGAUGGGCAGGGAGAGGAUCACGAUACUGGCGAGGUCACUGGCGAGGUCACUGACGAGGAUGAAGCUGCUGAAGUCGACGAUGAGAACAUCAAGAAUGAAGUGAAGAGGAAAGGGAAGGAGUCUAAGCAGAGGUUGGCCAAGGAAUUGUCGGAUUGUGUGAUCUACUGUAAGAGUGUCCAUUUCCAUAACUUCAAACAUUCCCGAACACAUUACCGAUUCUACGAGAUCUCCUCCUUCACUGAAUCCAAGGCCAGAAAACAGAUCAAAGAGUCUGCGAAUGAAUUUGUCCGUCACAAUGCCUGGCAGAUGACCCGUGUGUACCCCAGUGGAUUCAGAACAGAUUCCUCAAACUUCAGUCCCCAGGAGAUGUGGAAUGCAGGCUGCCAGAUAGUGGCGUUGAAUUUCCAGACAGCUGGGGAGGAGAUGGACCUGAACGACGGCCUCUUCAGUCAGAAUGCUCGCUGUGGCUUUGUACUGAAACCCACCUUCAUGAGAACGGUGGUAUCGAACUUUGACCCUGAAAACCCCCGAGGCACUGCUGGUUAUCGGCCCCUCAAUCUAACGAUCCAGGUGAUCAGUGGACAGCAGUUACCGAAGGUGGCCAAUAGCAAGGAGGGAUCGAUCGUGGAUCCAUUGGUGCGAGUGGAGAUCCAUGGAGUGGCCAUGGACACCGUGAAACAGGAGACACGGUACAUCGACAAUAACGGUUUUAACCCAGUGUGGUACGAGACUCUGAGUUUUAUUGUUCACGUCCCCGAUCUCGCUCUGGUACGAUUCGUGGUUGAAGAUUAUGACCUGGCUUCGAAGAACGAUUUUGUGGGUCAGUACACGUUACCCUUCACCACCAUCAAGGAAGGUUACCGUCACAUUCACCUGCUGUCAAAGGAUGGGACAGGAAUCCCUCCAUCCUCUUUGUUUGUCCAUACAAGGAUUACUGAGGCCUCAGGGAGUUAGCCAAUCCAUCACGGUGAAGAUAAAUCCUCCACCCUUAGCUACACUGCACCCUCCCCCGGAAUUGUUUUUAUAGCUGUUUACAGAUUUACUUGUAUUUUUUAUAUUUAUU